AUGGAAGAUGUUUUGACAAUAUCAAAGUAUGGAUUUAUAUUUACCUCUUUUGAUGAAAUACUUGCUAAUGUCGCUGAUGACAAAUAUUUAGUAGAUGUCAUUGAGAAGCUUUCUGGAAUUAGUAGAAUGGAAGAAAGCUGCAAGGACGGUUUCAUCAUGGAAAACCCUAACCUGUUCACCUUCUCCCUCAGCGACUCCCUGCAACACCUCUGCACCUUUGCCCACGUCGGCGCGCACCACGGCUGCGCCGGCAGCGGUGCCGGCCGCGGGAAAACCCCUCCACCAUCAUCUUCUUCACCUACCCUCCAUCCUCCUCGCCUUCUGACUCGGAAGCACCCCAUGAGUGGAACCUGCCGUUCUCUGGCAGAGACCUCCCUCCGGUGUCACCCUCGCCCGGCCGCCGGAGCCACCUUGCUCCCUGCGGCCAACCCGCAGUCACCCAGGCCGAGCCCGGGUGAUCUUUACUCCCGUACGCUGCCGCAACUCCCAUCGGUUGCCGCGCCCUCCAUCAGUGACCUCUGGCUGCCCCGCGCGCCAUCGCCGCCGGCUCCCGACCGCCGGCCGCCGCUCUCCCUCUCUGCGGCCGCCCAAACCUUUGAGCGGGCCGAAGACUUGGUCUUCUCGACCACCGCGCCAGUGCACCACCCGCAGCAGCCCGGGAUCAGGGUGGUGGCGGCGCUCCCCAACGAGCUCCUCGCCGCGGUCGUGUCGCCCCCGGGCUACGCGCUCAGGUGGGUGCAGCGCAACGUGGCGGCGUACUACCCGGCGAUCCAGAUCGCGGCCAUGGCCGUGGACAAUGAGAUGUUUGCGAGCCCGCAUAGCAGCCUCAUCGCGCUCCUCGUCCCAGCCAUGACCAACGUCCACGCCGCGCUCAUGCGCCUCCGCCUCGACGGUGCUAUGAAGUCUCCUUCCCCAUCGCCCUCACCGCGCUCCGCGCCUCGUACCUGCCCUCCGCGGGCGCAUUCCCGAACGACCUCGCGGAGCGCGUAA